UUUUGCCUUCCCGCUUGGGUAAUAUUCCUCCUGCGCGUCUGUUUGCGCCGCGUCCCUCUCUCUCUCUCUCUCGGUUCUGUAUGAGUGUGUGCGCGCGCGCGUGUCUCUAUGUGUGUGUGUGUGUGUGUGUGUGUGUGUGUGUGUGAGUGAGUGAGAGAGUGUGUGAGUGAGUGAGAGAGAGUGUGUGUGUCUGGUAGUUUUACUGCCCUGUAGUUUUUUGGUGAGACAGCGCGCUAUGGAUGGAGACGGGAGCCAAGCCACGUCCGGAAGCCCGAGCGACACACAGCAUGACCCGGGCAAAAUGUUUAUCGGUGGCCUGAGCUGGCAGACCUCACCAGACAGCCUUAGAGACUAUUUCAGCAAAUUUGGCGAGAUCAGAGAAUGCAUGGUGAUGCGAGACCCCACAACUAAACGCUCAAGAGGCUUCGGAUUCGUCACGUUCGCCGACGCCGCCAGUGUAGAUAAAGUCCUAGCUCAGCCGCAUCACGAAUUAGACUCAAAGACGAUUGAUCCUAAAGUGGCCUUCCCUCGCCGCGCUCAGCCUAAGAUGGUCACAAGAACGAAGAAAAUAUUUGUGGGUGGUCUGUCAGCGAACACAGUGGUGGAUGACGUGAAGCAGUAUUUCGAGCAGUUCGGGAAGGUAGAAGACGCUAUGCUAAUGUUCGACAAGACCACUAACAGACACAGAGGCUUCGGCUUCGUAACUUUCGAGAAUGAAGACGUCGUAGAGAAAGUCUGUGAAAUUCAUUUCCAUGAAAUCAAUAACAAAAUGGUAGAAUGUAAGAAGGCCCAGCCCAAAGAGGUGAUGUUCCCGCCGGGCACGCGGGGCCGGGCCAGGGGUCUGCCCUACACCAUGGACGCCUUCAUGUUGGGAAUGGGCAUGCUGAGUUACCCAAACAUCGUGGCGACGUAUGGGCGUGGAUACACUGGAUUUGCUCCGAGUUAUAGCUACCAGUUUCCCGGUUUCCCGGCAGCGGUGUAUGGUCCGGUGGCGGCGGCGGCGGCAGUGGCGGCAGCACGAGGCUCAGGUAGGGGCGCCCGAGGAAGAGGCGGCUACGUGGCGUACCCACAGAACCCGGGGCCAGGCUUUCCCGAUUAUGGGUUUUAUUCCGCGCCCAGUGACCAGCGGGGGGCGCCCUGCUCCUUUGCCGACUAUGGCUCCCUGGGGCCUCAGGCAGCUCAGAUGCUGCAAAGCGAGCACGCCACGUCCGCCUGCAACUCUCCCCUGCAGCACCUUCACAGCCCGGAUCAGUUUAAGAGCCCAGGUGCUAAUCCAGCUCGGCCUGGAGCCUUCCCGGGGGCCAACAGUCCAGGACCUGUAGCUGAUCUGUAUGGCCCGACUAGUCAGGAAUCGGCCGUGGGGAACUACAUCAGUGCUGCUAGUCCUCAGCCUGGCUCUGGCUUCAGCCAUGGGAUUGCUGGCCCCUUGAUUGCGACGGCUUUUACAAACGGAUACCAUUGAAACCUAACAGGUGGUCGGUCGCCAUCUCAGUGGAGUGUAAACCUGGAGGUCCUGGGAAGACGGGCCGAAGUUUCUAACUGGUCGUGUACAGUUGAUGACGUGAGACUUCAAGCACUGCAGCAUCCCAUUGAUAAAGGGACAGGGGGUGGCACCAUGAAGAAGAAAAGAACAAAGGAUAUUUUAAGCUCAUAAUAUUAAUAAUAAUAAUAAUAAUAAUAAUAAUAAUAACUGCUGUACCAUAACCCCCACCACCCUCUUGUAUAACCACGUAACUUUUAUUUGUUCUGUAUGGCAUUUUAAUUCUCUUUCAUUUUUUUUCUUUCGCUUUUAGUUGGUUGUGUAGUAGUUUAAAAGAAAAAAAAAAGGUUUGCUUGGUUUGUGAUCAUUUAAUUUUUUUUUUCCUACUUCUCUUCAUGUGAAUUUUUUUCUUUCAGCAUUUUGGAAAAGUGUAGUUUCUGUGUUUACUGGCCAUGUCUGAAUUACCUUUGGUACUAAUUGUUGUAAAGCUCCGAUUUUAUCGUGUCCUAUUUGCACAAAAACAGUUAACGAUCCAGCUUUACAGCUAUGAGAGAACGUUUUGAGCGGGGGGGAGAAAGGGGGGAAAAACACGGAAGAGUAAGUGAAUUUAAUCAAUCUUAGUAGCUGUUUUUAAUUCUUGUGAUGUCUCAUUGUCGAUCAUAAUUACCUAUUUUUGGGCAAUACAAAGAGGACUCCAAUAUUUUUAUGGUCCUUUUUUUUAUAAGUGUUGUUUUUGUCGUUUAGGGGAGAAAAAAAAGAGGAAAGAAAUGUAUACUAUGGCAUUUUUCAGAUGAAGACAUUGUGAAAUUCAGAUUUAAGAGUUAAAAAAAAAAAGUAACUGUAAAUAUUAUUCCAGUCAUUGCAUAUAACCUACUCAGAAAGGGGGAAGGGGGGGGGGGAGGGGGAGAAAAGUACAUAUUUUUCUGACCGUGUAUUAAAAAGAAAUUGUUCCAGGGUGUGAAUAAGCAAAAAGGAAAAUAUAGGUCUUAACAGAUUAUUAUUAUCUAGGUGUCGCGCAAAUACAGUAACAUACCCCGGUGAUGAAUCGGAUCUAUCGGAUAACUGUUUGUUUUUUUCUUUUUUUCUGCUUGCUGUGUAAAUACUCGAGCUGAAUAAUUUUCCAAGUGUCAUACCAGCAUAUUUACAAACCGGUGACUACAGGGCACUGCUCACGGUCGGAGAAACAUGACGUUUGGUGGAGGUUUUUUUUUUUUUUAUCUCCACGCUGGAGAUUCAAGCUUGAACUUUUGAGAAAGAACAAUGUUUCAAUCCAAAGCACACUGUAGGUAGUGUUAAAGAGAUUUUACUCUGUGUGACCUGACACUUUUAUACUCCUGACAAAGAAUGAAAAAAAAGGGGGGAAAAAAGAAGAAAAAAAAAAAAAGAUGACUAUGUUACUUGGUGUUGUUGUUUGUCCUGUACACUUGGUUCCACCUGAUUUUGGAACUCAGUAUCUGACCUGUACAUUACAGAUGGGCAUGUGCUGAUCAUUUGGUUAUACUGUUUCUCACAAUAUUGCCGUCGUGCAGGUUGCCAGUAAACGCGCUUACGCAGACUUUGGUCUGUUCAGGAGGUAACUUUGAGAACGUAAAGAUCUUCUAAGGGUGCUUAUUUUAGACAUAUGUUUGAGGGAGCAUAAACACGUUCUCGAAGAAAUCUGUGGCACGAGUAAAAAAAUUUUACUACGUUGUCACUUUAGAAAAAAAAUGAUGUUUUGCAGAUAAAUGGAAUCCUUGAGAGGGAUAUUAUGGUUUUAAUCGCGAUAUAAUUGAAUAUCAGCACAUGCCUGGUCACGGCUUGUUCUUUUUAAAUGAAUGGAGAAGGCAAACCUUUUAUACCAUACCUCAGUGCUGUGAGUUUAACAGUGGAAAUGUGUAGAAGAAAAAAAAGAAUUUUAAAAAUCGUAAUUUAUUUUAUCAGCGAGUUAACAGGCAAACCAUGCUGAGCUGAGUAUAAGGCUAAAUCAUUGCACUGUGACCAGUGGAAAAGCCCUCUGACCGCUUCCUUUUUGCACAUGUCGAAUGCUCCUUGACAGGGUUUCGUGUAUGAAGACUCCGUAUGAAUGUCACUGCGAGGCGAGCAAAAAGAAAAGCAGUCUCUAGGCCUCGGAGCUCAGAUCUCAUUUUCAUGGCCGUAGCUGGCAUCAAAUCAAAAGAAAAAAAAAAUCUAUAUAUUGUUGUAUUUUAGAAACAGCUGAUAGAAGACACUGAAUAUGUUCGUGCAGAGAACCAGAGCUGCUGUGCUGACUUUUUUUUUUUUUUUUUUUUUUUUUCUUUCUUGUAUAAAGGACAUGUUGGGUUUUGGUCAGAGAUAUAAUGUUUUAAUGAAAUGACUUUAAAGUGUGGCUUGUUGAAGGUGAUGAUUUGAUCGAUGUAUAUUUGUACAUUUGUCUCUUGUUUCCUGCUGCAAAUGUAUACUACAGUACAUUUUAUUUUUAGUUUGUUUUUGGUUCUUUUUAUUUUCGGUUUGACUUUUUUGUUUGUUUGUUUGUUUGUUUCAUUUUUUGAUGUACACCGACGCUCCGAAUAACCAGGUGAAGCAAAAUGCUGGAUGCUUUUUACACGAUCUGGAGAUACGAUCAAGUAAUAAUUUAAACAAACUGAAAAAAAAGAUGACUAUUGUAUUGUUCAAAUGUACAAGAAAAAAAAUGAAAUACAAAACUUAAAAAAAAAAAAAAGGAAAAAUGUUCCUUUACUGAUUUCAAUUUUGAAUCGCGGGGGGGGAAGGGGUUUUUCUAUCUCUCAUGUCUGUCGUUGUUGAUGUAGUAGUGAACAUAAUAAUUAUACUUCAGUGUACUGUGUACUCGGAUUCUCUCUCUCUCUCGUUUCCCAUCACCACACCCAAGCCUCAGUUCAUCACGCUAGUAAGCAGGCAUGUGCUGAAAUCCAUCUUUUAUAUAAAUAUAUAUAUAUAAAUAAUAUACACACAAAUUUAUUGUGGAUGCAUCAAAAUAAUGUAAUAUCUAUAUCUAGCGUAUUUUUUGAUCAUCAAUGCUUUUGUAAAAGUAAAAGAAUGUGAAUACAUUUGAAGGAAGCGAGCCGUCAGUCUAAAUGAUGAGUGAUUUUUUUUUUCCUCAACGUCUUCGCUUUUUUUUUUUUUUUUUUUUCACGAGAGUCUGGUAAUAAAUGAAAUGACGAAACAUGAAGCAAUUGCUGCAACAUGAAAGUCUUACCCAUCAGCACAUGCCUAGUAUCCAGUAGGGUGUUUAAAAAAAAAAAAAAAAGAAAAGAAAAAAAAUCCAUGUAUUGUAACAAUGUGCUGUCUCUGUAGUGCUGUCCGUGUACUGCUGUGUCACGUUCCCACCUUCUCUCUGUUUUUACUAAUUAAUAGAUGCUGUAUAGACUCAGUAGUUUGUAUUAGGAUCAAACUUUCUCAAACUUCAUCUUUUACCUGCUCCAUUUGCCCGCGUGGUUUCCGCCUAACACAAACUUUCAAAAACACACCUCUAUAAAAAAAUAAAUGCAAAAUGCAGGAGAAGUAAAAAUGUAAAAAUAAAAAUAACGCAUCACUUGGACCCAUACUACAGAUUGUUUUUCAGCAGGAUGCUGUCUUAGAUCCUAAUGCACAAGUCUUAGUUUGGGAUUGUAGUUAUAAUUAUGAAGAUUUUAAAUUGUAUAAUUAAGCAGGGAGAACUCAGUGGAAAGUUUAAUUUGGAAAAUGAAUCACGUAAUUAAUUAUAAUUACAGUACUAGUAAGAAAUUACCUGAUUUUGAUGUUUGUGCACUUUAGAAAGUGACACAAGCCUACGCCAUUAAACUAAACUUGUGCUUUUUUGUGUGUGUUGUACUGUAUAUACACUACUGCUCAAAAAAAAAAAAGAUUUGGGAUCACUUACAAAUUUUCUUUGUUUUUUUAAGAAAAACACAUUUUCAUGCGAUUCAUAAACAAUUUCAUCCAUUUUACAAACAAUUAAAGUUAGAAUUCUGACUGUAAUGAAGCGGCCAGCACGUUCUCCGGAUCCGAACCCUAUUGAGCCACUGUGGGAGCAGCCUGGCCGUACGGUACAGAGGAAGACUCCAUCAUCAAGCUGAUUCAUCUUGGGGGAGACGCUCCAGGACACAUGGGUAAUUGAUGCAAAAGGUGUGUGUUUUUUUUUUUUUUUAUGUUUUAAGUUUAAAUAACACCUUCAUUUCCAUCAAAAUCAUUAUUUCUAACUCUGACAAUGUCAGCAUGUCUUGUUCCUUUUUUUCCCUCUAUAUUUUUUUAUUCAGACUUAUUUUUUAUGUGUUUCCUUGAAAAACAAUAAAAUUCUAAAAAAUCCCCAAACUGAUCCCAAACUUUUGAGCAGUAGUGAAUAUAUAUUACAAACUCAAUUGAUGGUUUUAUGGAAUAUGUUACUACCUAGAACUCGACACACAGUGGACACGAGAAAAACGGAUAAAAUGGGAUUGUCUAAGCCGCGACAUACGUACACCCUAUAAAACUGUAGCCUGAUCAUUAUCCGUUAUGUUGCUUAGCAACCAAAGAUCACCUUUUCCAGACUACUUUGUGCGGCAAAAGAAUUGUUUACAGUAAUUUAUUAAACAAUGUAUUUUGGGAUCUGCAUAAGAACACCUUUAUCCCUGAUAAAAUCACCACCGCAUCCGCUCUUAUGGCUAUAUUUCAUAACAUGGGCCAAAGACUUAGUAAAUAUAGUGCAUAAAUUUAUUGUUGUUGUUCACUGAUUCAGUCUCAACCUAAGCACCUACAGGCAAGUGUGUAUCAAAAACGACAGGGAGAAUAAAUCGAUGUCACUGGUGUCAGUGUUGUCCUGAGAUUAUUCCUCCUCUCAAAUCAUUUUUGCUCAGUGGUGGUCCGUUCCUAUCGAUGCACAGGGUUGAGGAUCGCUGACAAACUGCACUGCAACAGAUAAUCUAUAUAAAGGGAUAUCAUAAACCUGAAAAAUAGGUGCUUAUUAAACAUGAUAAACUGGCUAGUAAGAGGACAAGAGUUUUUUUUUUUUCUUUCUAGGUAAAACAGUAUAAAAGGUGUACGCUUGGGGGAAAAAAACAGAUGCAGGAAAUAAUACAAGGUGGUAUAAACACAGCAGAGAUCUGAGAACAUCCCUUCUGGUCACCAGCCUAGGAAGCUCUGCAAACCAGUAUGGACAGAAAUAUCACCCUGGUUUCAGGAGCACACAGAUCAUUGUUGACUAAAAAGAUGGUUUUACACAGAUGAGUGCCGUUAUGAACAACUUAACCCAUCGUGAUAAACUUCAAAAAGAACCGUGAUUUCUGCCAUAUAUGUUAAACCAUCACAUCAACCAUCUUAACUUUAACUGUUAAACAGAAAGUUUUUUUUUAAACCAGUUUAUUAUUGAUUUUAGAUGAUGUGGCGCUGGGUUACAUUAGAGCAUUACAAAUGAAACUUGUGUUUUGAGUUGAAGCAGAAACUACCGUCCAAGCUGUCCUGUUCACACCUGCUGAAGUGGUAUAAAUUCAUUUCCAUCUUCUUGAACAUGUCAGCAAUUUAACAGAAAAUAAUAAUAGGUUACGGCGAAUAGGUGAACGCUUCUGCACCAGCUUCUUAUUAGUUUGUUUAUUUAUUUGCAUUUAGACCUGAAUGAAGUUUUAGUUAUUCCACUAGUGUAGAAGUCGAAACUUUUUUUUUUUUAACUCCUGUUUGAAACAUACUCUCUUAUUACUAUUAUUUUUUUCCAUCUCCCCCAUUUUUUACUAAACCGAUUGUUCGUCGCAAAUCAUUGAGAACACCGCAGGCUUCAAUUUAGGCAAUUAUGGAAUCUGAUUCUACAUAACGGGAUGAAGUGUUGACGGUUAACCAGUGAGCAAGUCUUUUUUUUUUUUUUUUUUUUUUUUUUGAGUGGCCCCAACUGGAUUACAUAUUUUUUUUAAGUCUGAAAAGUAGGCAUGUGCUGAUUCAUCUCCUUUUUUUUUUUCUUCCGUAUUUUAAAUGAAAAUGCAAUGCUACAAUUCUGUUUAUUCAUUUAAAAGACUUAUUUAUCAUUGUAGGAAAAUGUGAUAUUGACACGUGCCAAGUACUAAAGCGAGCAUAUCCUGCUGUCACAGCUGUACAGUCACAGCCCACACACUUCAGGCUUCCUCUUCACUUUGCGAUCUCCUUGAAGAAAAGAAAGCCUUUUCUUUCCCUUCCUCCUGCCUUGACACAUGCCUGUGUUCAGAUGUUAACAACAUUUUAACAGCAAGAAACUGACAUCUGAAAGCAUCUUUCAGGUCCUCUUGUACGGCUUGCUCAAGCCCUGGUGUUUAAAAAUAAAUAAUAAAUAAAUACAAAAAAUAAAAAUUUAAAAAAAGCUUAAAAAAUCAUAACAUUUAUGGGGUGGGGUUAUCUCAUGCCUCAGAUGUAAAAAGUCUACUUUUAUAUUUGUAUUUUCAAAUAUUAAUAAUAUGAAGAAUAAAAAAAGAUGUUUCUGAAAGGUUAAGAAAUAAAUGUGU